GGGCACUGCUCCCCCCAUCUCCUCCCUCUCUAUCCGGCCGGCUUCAAUGCUAGAGGCGCUCACCCUGCCAGAAAAUAGCAUGGUCACUCAGCUUGGACAAAAGAAAAACGAAAAAUGUAAUUUACUUCAUCUGAUACUCUCAACCUACAUCUGGAUUAGUUGUCUCGUCAGGACGCAUAAUCACGGGAACAAGUCAAGGACAAGUUUCACCGUUCAACUUCCCAGAUAAGGAUAAUUUAUUCUGAUGAAAUUUGCAACAUUAAGGAGGCAUCUGUUUUUCGUGAUUAUGGAUUUCCACACAUCAAUGUAAAUACUCCAUAAAGUGAGGAGUACUGCGGAGCCAGGAAACAUGAUCUCCGCGUAAGAUCUUUAGUUUCUAUCAGUCCCAAAUCCUCCUUUAAAAAAUGCAGAUCCUCCUGUACGCAGCUGUGUUCUUUUAUCUCAAGGCGUCUACCAGAGCUGAGCCGAAAGCCACAUGUCCAGCACGAUGCGAUGUGAGUAACUGUCUGAGCCCUAGCUGCCCUAGCGGCUACGUGCCGGACCGCUGCAACUGUUGCCUUGUAUGCGCCCAGGGCGAAGGAGAGCCGUGCGGCCGCAAGGACGACCUGCCUUGUGGGGACGGACUGGAGUGCAAAUCCCCGGAGAACAAACGGCUCUCCAAGGGAUUCUGUCAGUGCAAGUUCAGCCAAGAAGUUUGCGGCAGCGACGGGAAGACCUACGAUAAUGUGUGCCACCUGAAGGCGAGCAGCAGGAAGGCCCUACAGCAGGGACUGUCUGGCAUCUCCCAGAUCCAGAAAGGACCGUGUGAGACCGACAUAGGUCCUUCACAUGCUGCCAGUCCUCGUUACAAGUUCAACUUCAUAGCUGACGUAGUGGAGAAAAUCGCUCCAGCUGUGGUCCACAUCGAACUCUUCCUCAGGCAUCCUCUCUUUGGUCGGAACAUCCCUCUGUCUAGUGGAUCCGGGUUUGUGAUGUCAGAGAAUGGACUGAUUGUUACCAAUGCUCAUGUAGUCUCCAGCACCACUCCAGUGUCCGGUCAACAGCACCUCAAGGUCCAGAUGCAUAAUGGUGAUGUAUAUGAAGCCAACAUCAAAGACAUAGACAAAAAAUCAGACAUUGCUACCAUCAAAAUCAACCCACAGAUAAAGCUGUCUGUAUUGUUUCUGGGCCACAGUGCAGACCUGAGGCCCGGGGAGUUCGUGGUUGCGAUCGGCAGCCCCUUUGCCCUCCAGAACACUGUCACCACCGGCAUUGUCAGCACUGCCCAGAGAGAUGGCAAGGAACUGGGCCUCAGGGACUCUGACAUGGACUAUAUCCAGACAGAUGCUAUUAUCAAUUAUGGUAAUUCAGGAGGACCUCUUGUCAAUUUGGACGGGGAAGUGAUAGGCAUCAACACCCUGAAGGUUGCAGCAGGAAUCUCAUUUGCGAUUCCCUCCGACAGGAUCACUCGCUUCCUUAAUGAUUCCCUUGACAAGCAUAACAAAGAUGUGAGGUUGAUAAAGAAGCGUUUCAUCGGAAUACGGAUGUUGACGAUCACACCAGCGUUAACUGAAGAGCUAAAACAACAGAACCCAGAUUUUCCUGACAUUACCAGUGGGAUUUACGUCCAUGAGGUCAUUCCUCACUCACCUGCACAGAAGGGUGGUAUCAAAGACGGUGACAUUAUUGUGAAACUGAAUGGCAGACCUUUGAUGACAACAGCUGACCUGCAGGGGGCGCUGCAGGAGGAGACAGCCCUGCUACUGGAAGUUAGGAGGGACAACGAUGACCUGCUCUUUAACAUCGAACCUGACGUUAUCAUGCAAUAAAUAUUGCAAGCAAAGCACUCUUGCAGAAUUAGACCAAAAUCUAAGGCCCUAUUUUGUGAAAGAACUUGUUGGAUGGUAGAAGCUGUGCACAGGUGAAGUGGUUUUUAUGUCAAAUGCACACAUCUUCUGAUACUUUGUAACUGGCCGUUAACUUGACUGUACCAAAAUAAAAGGACAGUAUCAGUAAGGACGACAUAGUACAAACAGUUUCAGCAUUAAGAAUUUACAACUGUACCUCCGUCCUGUUCGGAUAUGGUCAACGUUGGAACACCCUACAGAAUCACUUAAAACCAAACCUAUUUAAUGUAUGUUAUCUAUGUGCUUGUUUCACAUUAAUUGAUCAUGUUUCAACCAGUGGACAGAUCUAUGCAGCCCAAAAAUAAUGAAGCAACAAUGGGUGUUGGAUAGCAUCUUAUGGUAUAUAUCACAAAAAUUACAAGAUAAAAGAAAAGUUGACGAAUGCACUGUUGAAUUGAUAAAUGAAAAUUGAAUAAAAUUCAAUUAAAAAAACAAAGGUGAUCGUAUACAGAUGAUUAAAUUAAUUCAUUUUAUCCUAAGCAUUUUUAUUUCCAACAAAGUUUUUUCAGACAGGGGGAAAGGGGCGUAAGCAUUGUACAAUCAAAACAAUCCUAUUCAAAUUAAAAUUCAAAAUACCUUUAUCAAUUGAACUUCAUUUGUGUAAAAGUGCAUAUACAACAUGUAGCCAAACACAAACACAUAGUAGACAUCAAACAAGUACAACUAAUGACAAUUUAAAACCGUUUAAGAUAAUAAGGUUAAAUGUGUAUAGAUACAAUAAAUAAAUGAACAAGUUAGCUCAGGAAUUAAUUAGUCUUAUGGAUUUAGGCAGUGGGCUUGACAUGGCCCGCUUGAUCCUGAAUGUCAGUGAUUUGUAUCUGCGGCCUGGAGGUAGGUGGCUGAAUUGGUUGUUUAGUGUGUGUAUAGUAUCCAAGGCUAUUUGUAUUCUUUUCAUUUUAUUCUAUCUGCUGUAGAUACUGCUUAGUGGUUCUUCCUUCAGUCAGAUUUUGCUCUUCAUUUUGAUGAUUUUGUUGAGAGGAUUAAGGUGGAUGUUACUCAAAGCACCAAACCAGGCUGUUAUGUUGUAGGUGAUGAUGGAUUCA